CUGUCUGUUGGUCCAACGUUUCUCAAGAGGGAAUUUUUCAAAUCGAGAAGAGGCGGUGGACAUUAACAACACAAACAAUGCAGAGACAGGGCAAAGGGAGGACUCCUCGGAGACCUGGGCCAAAGAAGGCGUCCAGCACAGAGAAGGAUCCUGUAGGAGUUUACUGCCGUAUUCGCCCACUUGGAGCAGAACAUGAGGAGUGUUGUAUUGAGAUGAUCAGCAGCUCCACUAUUCAGCUGCACCCUCCUGAUGGCCUGAAAGCCAACCGCAAUGGGGAAUACAAGGAGGUGCAAUACUCGUUUAAAAAAGUAUUUGGUAUUAAUACUUCUCAAAUGGAGCUGUUUGAAGAUGUUGCCAAGCCACUGGUAGAGGACCUCAUUCAUUGUAAAAAUGGCCUGCUGUUUACAUAUGGUGUCACUGGAAGUGGUAAGACCUUCACCAUGACAGGCUCACCUGGUGAAGGUGGGCUCCUUCCUCGUUCUCUAGAUAUGAUCUUCAACAGCAUCGGCCCGUUUCAGGCCAAGAGAUUUGUGUUUAAACCAGAUGACAAAAAUGGUAUGGAGAUCCAGAAUCAAGUUGACGCUCUCCUGGAGAGACAGAAACAAGACAACAUGCAGUCAGUGCCAAAAACACCAUCUUCCAGGCAAAGGCCUGAUCCAGAAUUUGCAGAUAUGAUCAGCUCGGAUGAAGCAUGCAAGUCUGAGAAUGUCGACGAAGACUGUUGUUACACUGUAUUUGUGUCCUACAUCGAGAUCUACAACAACUACAUCUACGAUCUCCUUGAGGAUGCACCAUAUGACCCAAUCAGACCAAAGUGGAUCGGCGGAGCCACGCCUGUACGGAACAAUGAGUUGGUACCACCUCAGUCCAAGAUUCUGCGUGAAGAUCAGAAUCAUAACAUGUAUGUGGCCGGCUGCACGGAGGUUGAGGUUAAAUCCACAGAGGAGGCUUUUGAAGUCUUUUGGAAGGGACAAAAGAAAAGGAGGAUAGCCAACACUCAGCUCAACCGUGAGUCCAGUCGCUCCCACAGUGUGUUCACAGUGAAGCUGGCACAGGCACCUCUUGAUGCUGAUGGGGACCACAUACUACAGGACAAAAACCAGGUGAACGUGAGCCAGCUGUGUCUGGUUGACCUGGCAGGCAGCGAACGCACCAGCAGAACCAGAGCAGAGGGAAGCCGCCUCCGUGAAGCUGGUAAUAUUAACCAGUCCUUGAUGACUCUGCGCACUUGUAUGGAAGUCUUGCGCGAAAACCAGAUGUGUGGAACUAAUAGGAUGGUGCCAUACAGGGACUCGAAGGUUACUCAUCUCUUUAAAAACUACUUUGACGGAGAAGGAAAAGUCCGGAUGGUUGUGUGCGUCAACCCAAAGGCAGAUGAUUAUGAAGAAACUAUGCUCGUGAUGCGCUUUGCAGAGAUGACUCAGGAGGUGGAAGUGGCACGGCCAGUUGAUCGGCCAAUCUGUGGCCUCGCUGCAGGGCGACGACACAGAAACCAGGCUUUCAGAGAUGAGCUUUCCCGUCGUCUGGAAGAACGCGGAGGUCCCAGUAAUGCUGAUGACCCAGUACUGCUGAAUCAACUCAUGGAAAGCCUUCCAGCCCUGCCUCCCUGCGAGCUGGUGGACCCAGCUGAUGAUCAGACGCUGCCCCGUCUGAUUGAGGUCUUGGAAAGGAGGCAUCACAUCCGUCAGAUAAUGACAGAACAGUUCAACAAAACUGCCAAUACACUUAAGACCAUGCUUCAGCAGUUUGAUAGUCAGCUCAGUGCAAAGGAGACCUUCCUCCACGAUCAACGAAGCAGACUCUCCGAGAAAGACAAAGUCAUCAUCAACCAGAAGUCGGAGAUAGAGCGUCUGGAGAAAAAGUCCAAAACGCUAGAAUACAAGGUCGACAUCCUGCAGAAGACCACAGACAUGUAUGAGCAGGACAAACGCUCACUUCAGCAGGAGCUGGAGACUCGGGAGCAGAGGCUGCAAAGAGAGCUGUCGGAGAAGAAACGCAUGGAGCAGCGCAUGCAGGGCAUGGUGACCGACACCAGGCUCAAGUGGGAGAAGGAGUGUGAGAGACGAGUGAACGCCAAGCAGCUCGAGAUGCAGAACAAACUGUGGGUGAAGGACGAGAAGCUGAAGCAGCUCAAGGCCAUAGUGACGGAGAGCAGCCACGCUGCUGGUUGUCCCCCUGAGCGUCCAGAGAAGCCCGAGAGGCCCUCCAGGGACAGAGAUCGCAACGUGGCCCAGAAGAGGUCUGCCUCACCAUCACCAAAACCUGACUUGAGCCAAACUCCUCGCCACAAUCAAAUUAGGGCAGAUCAGGACUCCCACCCCCCCUCUUCCUCUUCCUCCUCCUCCUCCUCCUCCACUUCAUCCUACCCUUCAGUAGCCUCCUCCAUCUCUGAGUGGGAGCAGAGGUUGCCUGUAGAGUCAAGAAGCCAGACUAGGUACCCUGGGACUCCCCAUGACAGGAGCCGGACUCCCGCCCCAUGCCACAGCACCAGCAGCGUGGGUCGCAGGAGAGGCCAGCGCUGGGCCCCAGACUCUGAGGCCCCUGCUACGACUCUUUAUGGGUUAAACCUUGAGGCAGGCACAAGGCAGACGGCUCCUCCAGUUCACCCAAUGCACAGGCGCUCUCACUCCGCGGGUGGGGAGAAAUGGGUAGACCACAAACCCACUUCUAAUUUGGACCUAGACACUGUCAUGCAGCCAAUCAUUCCCAAUGCAAUCAAGGUGUCGACCCCGAACGAGAAAGCUCUGUCUAAAUGCCACAUGUACGUGCUUAGACAUCAAGAGCUUGCCUCAGACGGGGAGAUCGAGACCAAACUGAUCAAGGGCAACGUUUUUAAGACCAGAGCUGGAGGACAAGCUGUGCAGUUUACUGACAUUGAGAUACUGAAACAAGAGUGCCCAAUAGCACCAAGUCGCAAGAGGCGAUCGGGAUCUGCAGAGGGAUCCACCCAAAUUGAGGACAUUGAAAACAGGGCUCCAGCAGCAAGCACAAGUUCCAGCCAUGGAUAUCAGAAACGUAGAAAACCUUAAGUCGUUGAGCAUGUGAAGGAACUUUAAAUGUUGGCUGACUGGACAGACGAGUGAAAGGAGACUAUGCAUCUUUUUGAGAGAAAUUUUUCUAUUCCACCUAAUCUUUUUUUCUGCUUAUUAGGUUUCAGUAAUAGUUGAAUCAUAGCCCAAAUGUGUAAGCUGUUUCAGUUGCAGUUUGCUGAAUUAGUGUGCGCUUUCCUUUUUGAAUGCUGGAACUAUUUCUUGAAGACAUGGAUAUGCUAAAUGGUCACAUAUGACUUCUCCAUAAUAUAUGUUUUAUUACUUGUGCGUCCACCCAAAGAUUAGAAUAUUUUUUCUUUAUUUUAUUGCUUUUCUUAUUUUUUUUUUUUUUUAACCCCCUAAGGGUUAUUCGCUUAUUAUACGCCACAUGAACAUAAAGAGAGCAUAAACAAAAAAAAAAGUUUUAGAGUUACGAUGUGUACAAGUGCGACUGUAAAUAUUGGCCUGUUCUGUAGCUGGAAUCAUUCUCCGACCACCUGUAAAUACGUGUCAUGAAGCUUUUUACUUCACUUUAUUGAAACAACACCUUUAAAAGUAUAGCACACUAUUCUUUUGGAUGGCAUUAAAUUUAUUCGAACAUCAA